GAUUUCGGGUGCCCUGGCGUUGUAGCCCAGCCCACACUGACUCCGCCAAUUGGCUCAACAAUUGCCCCGAACCGUUAGCGCGCGCCCCUCAACAUCAUCGUCUUCUUCAUUCCUUUCCCAAUUCCUGACAACAGCUUGAUUCUUAUUCUAGGGUUUCGUUGCACUUCUGCAAUUCUACCUUUCAUUCUGUUCCAUCCCUCUUUGUUUUAAUUAGCUAGAUAGGUUGAUCCCUCAGAGGUCUACUGCGCUCGUUUCUCGGAGAUGUCGAGGCCCCAAGUCACCAUCACUCUCGGGCGCUCUGGUCAGGUGAUAAAGAGAGGAGGUAUAGCCUCAGACUUCGCACAAUCGAACAUUGAUUCUGGAUCAGAGCCAAGAAGAAAACGGUAUCUUGAGAGAUCAGCUGAUAAUGCUGAAGAUUUGUUUUCGUCCACGAAUAAGAGGCAACGUGGAGAUGGCUUUCCCUGGAGUUCAAAUGGUGAAAGAAAAGACGCCUACAGAGUUGGUCAAAAUGAUCUUCGCUUGAAACUUAUGCGCAAAAAUCAAUCCAAGAAAUUUGGUAGUGGAGAAGAACACCGGAGGAUGAGCUUACACCAUCAAUUAUCAAAAAAUUCGCUGGCCUCAACUAGUGGAGAUGUAUUACAUGGUAGGCAUGAAUUUCGAGGGAGCAAUCUUAUAAGGCGACCACAUGCUGGAGAAAGUGCCGAUGAUCUAUACCUAGAGCAGUCGCAGAGGAAAAGUGCUGUUUCAUAUGUUGAUAGAUUGAGAGUUAGAUCCCCAGAUGGGAUCAUGAAAAGGUCCAUGGGGCUUUCACCACCUAGAUACAAUGAUGAGUUUAGGAGAACCUCAUUUAUGAUGGAAGCUGAUCGUUCAAGAGGUGAAUGGUUUUUCGAAAACAGCGUUGCUGACAGUUAUAGGUCUGUAGACUCUGCACCUGGGAAAAUGAAAGCCGCCCUCCCUGUAUCUGGCAAGGGAGUUAAGGAUAUCCCACCAAUAAGUGGCAGCAUGCAGAGAAGUUCCACAAUGGGGGAGGGUUCUCUUUCUGUUGCUGGCUUGUUGAAUUCACUUGGUUUGGGGAAAUAUUCCAUUCAUUUUCAAGCAGAAGAAAUUGAUAUGACAGCUUUGAGACAGAUGGGAGACAAGGAUCUUAAAGAGUUGGGGAUACCAAUGGGACCAAGGAAAAAGAUUCUUCUUGCCCUGUUGCCCCGUUCUAAGCAGCGGCCGCCACCACCAUUCUCAAUUGGACGAGCGUAGAGUUCUGGAUCACUUAUGUCUUAUCGUCUGAAAUAUUUACGGGUGUAUUCCUUUUGUAAAUUAGAGCCCUCUUUGGGGAUGUUUUUAUCUGUAUGUAUGAACAUUUUGAGGAUAAAUUUAAGCAGCAGAAUCAAUUGUGUAUAGUGCAUUCAUUGACC